CGACACACCUGGUUUGUACUCGACUCACGGAGCUCGUGAUCUCUGUCUGCGCGGGACGCGCUUGCAUUCCCUAGGCCGGCAACAUCAUUUCGAUUCUGUAACCCGUUGGCGCUAUGCUCGCCGCUCAAACAGGCCCGGCUGCCUCGCAGCAGCGUGGGCCGCCACCCAAUGUCAAUGCGAUGAUGGCGCGCUUCAACUUUCUGCGUCAGAAUCCUCGGGAGCAGACACAUCCAGGGGAGCUGGACAACCUCACGAAGUACUUUCAGAUGCUCAGCAACAACCAAGCAGGCCGAAUGCAAGGCCAACAACAUCAAGAACCUCUGACAAACGGACAUGCAGUGACGAAUGGCGCCGCCCCUUCUCCCCAGUCUUUCCAUCCUCCUCCCCCAUCCCAGACUCCCGUCUCCUUCACCCCCGACCAAAUGAAUGUCCUACGUGCACAGAUUCAUGCGUUCAAGCUCAUCUCUCGUGGUGCACCCGUGCCUGAAUACCUCCAACAAGCGCUCAAGUUAUCGAACAACGCCGUCCCCGAGUUGGAGAAGCUUCUCCAGGUGCCAGAUGUCUCGAGCAAGAUUGUCGAUAGCGCGGUUCGCGUGGCCAAAGGGGAACCAGUAGAGGAUUUCAAAGACGAGGACAUUGACCCAGCAGACAUGCCCAAAGGGCCGUUCAUGGAGGACGAUGUGAACUCAGGGAUCUACCCAUACAAUGCCUACCGCCACCCAUUUACACACCUCAAGCGACCAGCGGAUAUGGACCCCAACAUCUUCAACACUCGUUUGCAGAGGCUCGUCAUUCCUACUAUCAUGCCCACUGGACUGGACGCGCGCCAAAUCAUCGAGGAACGAGACCGCUUCAUCGAGGCCCGCAUACACCAACGCAUACGCGAGCUGGAGGCUUUGCCGUCGACCCUGGGCGAUGGAGGGCUCGAGGGCGGUUUCAGUGCUGAAGAUAUGACCAAAGGGAAAGAAGUAACUGUGGACGACGACGUCAAGCCUGAACCAACGCUUAUCAGCAAUACAUCGCAUGGGAAAGUGCGAGCGCUUAUCGAGCUCAAGUCCUUGCGACUUUUGGACAAGCAGCGUGCUCUGCGGGCUCAUGUUGCCGAGUCUCUGACUCAUGGCUCGCUCCUUCCUCUCAACCGGCCUGACUUUCGGCGGGUCCGCAAGCCCAUCAUGCGGGACGUGCGGACCACUGAGCAGCUCGAGAGGAAGCAACGCAUCGAUCGGGAACGCCGUGCCAAGUCCAAGCACAUUGAGCAGUUGGAUGUCAUCUGCGAACAUGGCAAGCAAGUCAUUGCUGUCAAUAGAGCGGCCCAGGACAGAGUCGUGCGGCUCGGUCGGUCGGUGCUGGCUUUCCAUAACACAACAGAGAAGGAGGAGCAGAAGAGGAUGGAGAGAAUCGCGAAGGAGCGUAUCAAGGCGCUCAAGGCCGACGAUGAAGAGGCUUACAUGGCCCUCGUAGACAACGUCAAGGACACGCGUAUCACCCAUCUUCUGCGCCAGACCGACUCAUAUCUCGACUCUUUGGCGCAGGCCGUUGCCUCUCAGCAGAGUGACCUGCCCUGGAACCCCGGUUCCGGUGUCGGGUACGAAGGUGCAUCAGAAGAGAUGUUCGGAGCACGCAUCUCAGCCGAAGAUGCAGCGGAGAAGACUUCCUCCAAGACCGACUACUACGCUGUUGCUCAUCGCAUCACCGAGAAAAUCACUAAGCAACCAUCUAUCCUUGUUGGUGGCACUCUGAAGGAGUAUCAGAUGAAAGGCUUGCAGUGGAUGGUCAGUUUGUAUAACAACAGGCUCAAUGGGAUUCUAGCAGACGAGAUGGGUCUCGGCAAAACUAUCCAGACAAUCUCUCUCAUCACAUUCCUGAUCGAAUCUAAACGACUGCACGGCCCGUACCUUGUUAUUGUUCCGCUCUCUACCAUGACGAACUGGUCCGGCGAAUUCGCCAAAUGGGCGCCAGGUGUCAAGGUUGUAUCUUACAAGGGCAAUCCAGCACAGCGACGUGCACUUCAAGGCGAACUGCGAGUGGGGCAUUUCCAAGUUUUGUUGACCACCUACGAGUACAUCAUCAAAGACCGGCCCAUUCUCUGCAAGAUUAAGUGGCUUCACAUGAUUAUUGAUGAGGGCCACCGUAUGAAGAAUACGGAGAGCAAAUUGACUGUGACGUUGACGACAUUCUACCACUCGCGGUAUCGUCUGUUGCUCAGUGGAACACCGCUUCAGAACAACCUGACAGAGCUGUGGGCCCUGCUCAAUUUCGUGCUGCCCAAGAUCUUUAACUCGGUGAAAUCUUUCGACGAGUGGUUCAACACGCCCUUUGCCAAUUCGGGGACUGGGGACAAGAUCGAGCUGAACGAAGAAGAGGCUUUGCUCAUCAUUCGUCGAUUGCACAAGGUGCUACGGCCUUUCCUGCUGCGACGGCUCAAGAAGGAUGUCGAGAGCGAGCUUCCGGACAAGGUCGAGAAAGUCAUCAAGAUCCGGAUGAGCGCCCUACAGAGUCAAAUGUACAAGCAGAUGAAAAAGCAUAAGAUGAUCGCCGACGGUACCAGCAACAAAGAUGGGAAAGUAGGCGGUGUGAAGGGUCUCAACAACGAAAUCAUGCAGUUACGAAAGAUCUGCCAGCAUCCAUUCUUGUUCGAGAGUGUCGAAGACCAGAUUAACCCCAGUGGCCUGAUUGACGAGAAGAUCAUCCGUACGUCUGGCAAGAUCGAACUGCUGAGUAGGAUUCUGCCCAAGCUCUUUGCAACGGGGCAUCGAGUUCUCGUGUUCUUCCAGAUGACCAAGGCUAUGGACAUCAUGGCGGACUUCUUAGGCAUGAUGCAGUGGAAGUUUCUCCGUCUUGACGGAGGAACUAAGACCGAGGAGCGAGCCAAUUUUGUGCAGCUGUUCAACGGCUCGGAAGAGUACAAGGUUUUCAUUCUGUCAACGCGUGCCGGAGGUCUGGGUCUCAACCUGCAGACUGCGGAUACGGUCAUUAUCUUCGACAGCGAUUGGAAUCCUCACGCCGAUCUACAAGCUCAAGAUCGUGCGCAUCGUAUCGGACAGACCAAGGCAGUGCUCAUUCUGCGCUUCAUCACCGAGAAGAGUGUCGAGGAAGCCAUGUAUCAGCGGGCCCGAUACAAACUCGAUAUCGACGACAAGGUUAUCCAGGCGGGCCGGUUCGAUAACAAAUCGACCCAAGAGGAGCAGGAAGAAUUCCUUCGGUCCAUUUUGGAUGCCGAUCAAGAAGAAGAGAACGAGGAAGCUGGUGAUAUGAACGAUCAAGAGCUAAACAUACUGCUCGCACGGUCGGAGGAAGAGGGCGAGAUCUUCCGCCAGAUGGACAGCCAGCGGGAACGUGAGACGUUGGAGAACUGGCGUGCUCAGGGUCACCGGGGAAAGCCUCCGCCUCCGUUGAUGCAGUUCGAGGAACUUCCCGAGUGCUAUCAGAAAGAAGAGCCGUUUGAACCGACGAAUACUGACGAGACGAUCGAGGGUCGCGGUCAGCGUCGUCGGAAUGUCGUCAGCUACAAUGACGGGCUGGAUGACGAGACAUGGGCUAUGGCUUUGGAAGAAGGGGAAGAUCUGGAGGAACUUGCUGAUCGGACUCGCAAGAGAGCUGCCGCUGCCGUGGUCCCAGUCUCUGGCCGAGGCACGCCUAUGUCCGACAUCGAUUCUUCACGUGGCAGGAAAAAGAAGGGGCGAGGUCGACCACCCCUCCACGACUUCGAGUCGGGUCCCGGCAAGCGCAAGCGUGGUCACAAGUCCAUGUCGGUAACCCCUUCCGUUGUCGAUGAUGAUGACGACGAGCGUCAACCAAAACGACGCAAGGCCCCGACUGCCAAGGCGGCCGGUAAUGACGUGCCUCCACACAUUCGGGAAAAGAUGAAAAAAGUCUUCAAUGAAUGUUAUAAAGCUGUCAUGGCUUGUGAAGACCACGACGGUCGGAAGCGUUGCGAAUUAUUCAAGGAAGUGCCCGAUAAAACUGAUUAUCCGGACUACUACCAAUUGAUAACGCAACCAAUCGCGCUUUCGCAUUUGCGCAAGCGAGGUCAGACGACGUACUACAAGGAUGUGCAGGCCUAUCGGAAUGACUGGGCGCUCAUGUUCAAUAAUGCGCGGACUUACAACCAGGAAGGCUCGUGGGUCUAUGUCGAUGCUGUGGAGAUGGAGAAGGUCCUCGACGCGACAUUCAAGCGACUGACAGUCGGCACAGGACUGCCUGGCGCUGAGGGUUCCGGUCCAUCCGGGUCUGGUGGGAUGUAUGAUACGGCUCUGACGCCCAUGGAAGAUGAGGAACGACCACCGCCGCCGUCCAGAGGUCGCAGCCGACGUCAGGUCAUCAGCGACGAAGAGUAUCUGACCCCGAGCGACGAUGAUUGAGAUCUACCUAUGUGCUGUGUCCUCUGCUCUCUUUUCUGUAUCUCGCACUUGUGUUAUAUAGGUACUUUGAAUUGUAAUUACAUUGAAGAACCGUUCAGAUAUGUCUGUA